GCCGCGCCGCCAUUUUGUCUCUGUCACCGUCCGCGGCGGCGGCGCGGUCGGUUCGUGAGGAGAGGCGGCGGCGGAGCCCGUGUUUGGUGAGGGGGGACUCGGCCAGGAAGGCACCAUGAUAUCGGCCGCACAGCUCCUGGAUGAGCUUAUGGGCCGGGACAGAAACCUGGCCCCGGAUGAGAAGCGCAGCAACGUGCGGUGGGACCAUGAGAGUGUUUGUAAAUACUACCUAUGUGGCUUUUGUCCGGCUGAAUUAUUUACAAACACCCGUUCUGAUCUAGGUCCUUGUGAAAAAAUACAUGAUGAAAAUCUACGUAAACAGUAUGAGAAGAGCUCUCGUUUUAUGAAAGUGGGCUAUGAAAGAGACUUCUUGCGCUAUUUACAGAGCUUACUGGCAGAGGUAGAGCGCAGGAUCCGAAGAGGCCAUGCUCGAUUGGCACUGUCACAGAAUCAACAGUCUUCUGGGGGAGCGGGACCCACUGGUAAAAACGAAGAGAAGAUUCAGGUGUUAACUGACAAAAUUGAUGUACUGCUACAACAGAUUGAAGAAUUAGGUUCAGAAGGGAAGGUGGAAGAGGCACAAGGAAUGAUGAAACUUGUUGAACAGUUAAAGGAAGAGAGAGAAUUGCUGAGGUCUACAACUUCAACAAUUGAGAGCUUUGCAGCCCAAGAAAAACAAAUGGAAGUUUGUGAAGUUUGUGGAGCCUUUUUAAUUGUAGGGGAUGCACAGUCCAGGGUAGAUGACCACUUGAUGGGGAAGCAGCACAUGGGUUAUGCCAAAAUAAAAGCUACAGUAGAAGAUUUAAAAGAGAAGUUAAGAAAAAGAACAGAGGAACCUGACCGUGAUGAAAGGUUAAAAAAAGAGAAACUAGAGCGAGAAGAGCGAGAGAAAGAGAGGGAACGGGAAAGAGAGGAGCGGGAAAGGAAGAGGCGACGGGAGGAAGAAGAAAAGGAAAAAGAGAGGGCUCGUGAUAGAGAGAGACGUAAAAGGAGCCGUUCACGAAGUAGGCAUUCAAGCAGAACAUCUGACAGAAGAUGCAGCCGUUCACGAGACCACAAAAGAUCAAGAAGCAGAGAAAGAAGACGAAGCAGGAGUCGUGACCGAAGAAGAAGCAGAAGUCAUGAUAGAUCAGAAAGAAAGCAUAGGUCUCGCAGCAGGGACAGGAGACGAUCAAAAAGCCGGGAGCGGAAAUCCUACAAGCACAGAAGCAAAAGCAGAGAGAGAGAACAAGACAGGAAGUCAAAAGAAAAAGAAAAGAGGGGAUCUGAUGAUAAAAAAAGUAGUAUGAAGUCCAGUAGUCGAGAAAAACAGAGUGAAGACACAAAUACAGACUCGAAGGAGAGUGAUACUAAGAAUGAGGUCAAUGGGACCAGUGAAGACAUUAAAUCUGAAGUGCAGCGUAAGUAUGCACAGAUGAAGAUGGAACUAAGCCAAGUAAGAAGACAUACUAAAGCACCUUCUGAAGGAAAAGACAGUGUAGUCCUGCAAAACAUUUUGAGGUACAUUGUUUUGUCUCAGCUAUUUUGUAGCAGACUCGUGCCCCCCCAUUAGUGUGCCUCUUUGGGACAUAUUUGUAAUAUAGUCACCAUAGCAAAAUUAAUUUUCCUCUUUUUUUAUUUUUUAGGGAUUUUGUUAUCGGUUUUUUUAAAAAAAAGUUGAACUGUUUUUGUAUUUAAGUCCAUAUUGUGUUGGUACAUCAGCAGAACCUUUUGCUUUAAUACUUUAAUAUCGGAGGCACAUGUUGGACUACUUUGUUCUCAUAUAAACUGCUAGUAUUUCUUUGUCAAGGAUGUUUCUAGUUUUUUUUUUUUUUUUGCUUUAUUGCCUUGCAUUCUAAUGCAGUUUGUUCUGUAACUCGAGAGCCAGUAGCAUUGGAUUGAUGGAAGUGUAGGGUUUAUGAAUUAUUGCAGCUGACUACCAUACCUCACACAGCGUUGGUGUUGUGAGCGGCCCAUGAAAAGCCAAAUUAAAAAUCAAGGAUUCAGUCAAACUAAGCAGGUACUCAUGCCAGGUACUCCUUUCUCUACCCACAUCCAUGUUUGAAUGCUGUUGCCUGUAAUCUUUAAGCUUACUGUUGUGUUGUUUUUUUUUUGAUUUUCAAGAUAGUGAAAAGGACCUUUUGUGUAUUGUGUGAAUACUGUAAAAGCCGAUGUUAACAGAAUGGAAUUUUCUUUCAACUGUGUGUAGGGAUGCAGUGCUGCCCAGAAUUAGAUAUCUUUAAAGAGUUUAAAAUGCAAUAAACACUACAGGUUACUUUCAAUGCAAUGCAAGUCUUUAAGAGGUAUGUGUUUAAUAUUUCCUACUGUGUAGGAGAAGUUGCAGUCAGCCAUAAUACAGAGAGGUAGAAUGGCUGAUAACAGACUUCUAAGGCAAAUUAAAUGCAAAGACAGAUGCCACCACAUGAUUACAAUGUUCAUGGCAAUAAUGUGUGUUGAAAAACUGGUUGCUGGAAGUGAAACAGUUAAACACUAGGAAAUAACAAAUACUGUAUUAAAAGGAAAACUGGAAGUUUUUUCCUCACUCUUGACUUGGCUUUCUUACUGUUACAGAAGGUCUUUAGUUGUAUUCCUCAAAUAAGGAGCUAACAAUGGAGAGUACAGCUGAUAAAUGAGCUUCUUGCCACAUAAUUUGUUACUGUAGCUUUACUAUUUAUGCUAGGAAGUCUUAAACACUUAAUGUCGAUUAUUAAACCAUUAAUGCUACAUUAUUGCUUCUAAAGCCAGUCAUGUUGACAUCUCUGUAGAGUUAAGCUGCCAGCUAACAACUGGGACAGUGUAUAGGAAUAACAACAAAAUGCCCUUAAUGCUGUCUAAUUGUCUGUUUUCCCAAACUUCUGCAUUAUAGGACUACUCCAUGAAGAGUCUGUGAAGACAGAGGAAGACAGCUUAAACUGAAGAUCUGCUUUAAAAUGAGGUGAAAGAAAGCUGUAGUGGCGUAGAAAAAUAAAAAGUUGAGUUAGUAUUUUUAUUUUAUUUUUUUUUUAUAUAUAUAAAAGAUUUAAUUCAGGACUGGUGUUUCCUCCCAGAGAGUUCAGAAAGAUGUGUUGAUAAGAGCACAUAAUGCUACUGAGAAUAUAAGUCCUGUCUCCUUUUUCUUUUCUUUAAGACUUUUUAAGAUAAGAAACCAACAUAACCUGAACACGUGGCUUGCUCAGUGUUUAAUUGCGAGUUUUCAUUCUUGGACUUUAAAACACAAGAAUAAAUGUUUAGUAUUUGUGUGAAUCGAACUAAACCGGAUCCCAUUUUUACAACUAAGCUAUUCCUAGCUUCUUGGUAUACGAGAAAUGGAAAUAAAGUAUCUUUGAAUUUCUGUUACAAAGCCGAUUGUCUCUGUCAUUGGACAUUUAAUAUUAAAUAAGUUUCUUUCCUAAUAAAUCUACUCCUGUCUUCAA